AUCAUACUGUUUACCUAGGUGAAAAUAGCUCCUUAUAAAUAUGACCUGAAGUCAAUUUGAAGCAAGCAUUCCUACGCGCGCACCCUCUGGCAUGAAUUUGUCAGUAUAGUGAGAACUUCAUCACAGAUAAGGCUGGCUGGCCAUGAUGACCAACAACCUCGCCUCUAACCCCACGAAGCAGGCCAGCUGAGGACUCUCUCAACUGUCAGAGCAGAAGAAAGCACUCCGACCACCUGAUAGUGUUUGAGACACGGCUCCAGGUAUUCUGCCCAUCUGCACUGUGACUCACUGUGGAACUCUUCGGCACCUGUACAAGAAGUCCAUUGACAGACGUGAAGACAGAUAUCCAGAGUGACAGUCUACCAGCUCAAACACCAUCAGCAGCCUGCUCCUCUGACCAGUACUUUUGAAGCUAUGGGGAGUCCAGGCUGUGACCGCGUGGGGAGCACAGUGCCCCUUCCCCUGAUGAGUUUCAAUGACUACCCCUACAGUGUGUCUGGUCUGAGGGCCUGGGAGGAGGAAGACACCAAGCCGCCCCGUGGACUGAUAAGUGUGCCUAAACACACCGCUCCUGAACGCAGCCUGCAAGGGGUGUUCCUGCCCUGCUCUGACAUGCUCCUCACUGAAGACAGCUUGUGGCUGUUGAAGAAGAAAGAGGCAGCACCCCCUGAGCCCCCCUGUAAGCCCUUGGAGCAGUGCCCUGUCAUCGACAGCCAGGGCCUGGGGGUGGGCCUGGGAUUGGAGGUCCCCUCUGGGCUAGAGGGACAGGUGGAGGAACGCUGUCUGGAGCAGGUUCAGAGCAUUGUGUUGGGAGAAGUAAUGAAGGACAUAGAGACCGCCUGCAAGCUGCUCAACAUUACCCCAGAACCCAUGGAGUGGAACUGUGGGAACGUCCAGAAGUGGCUGCUGUGGACAGAGCACCUGUACAGACUACCCCAGGUGGGAAAGGUGUUCCAGGAGCUCAGUGGGAAGGACCUGUGCUCCAUGACAGAGGAGGACUUCAGGCAGCGCUCAAUGCAAUGUGGAGACCUGCUGUUUGCUCACCUGGACAUCUGGAGAUCAGCUGCGUGCAUGAAGGAGUGCUGCACACCAGGAGAUACCAAGUUACAUAGUGCUGAGGAGACGUGUCCAGAGGCUGACUCAUCCUGCUCAAGCCAGCCCAUCCACCUGUGGCAGUUCCUUAGACAGCUGCUCCUCAAGCCACACAACUAUGGACGCUGCAUCCGCUGGCUCAACAAGGAGAAAGGUAUCUUCAAAAUCGAAAACUCGGCUUAUGUAGCCAGGUUAUGGGGCCUCAGAAAGAAUCGUCCAGCUAUGAACUACGACAAGCUGAGUCGCUCUAUCCGGCAGUACUACAAGAAGGGCAUCAUCCGCAAGCCUGAUGUGUCCCAGAGACUGGUCUAUCAGUUUGUCCACCCUGUAUGAAGCUGUUGAGCAGCCAGCCAGAAGAGGAGAACACAAGUGGUGAUGACUGGUGACAACUAACCGAAAAGAAGCCUCUAACUGCUGUUUUAGCUCCAGCAUUAACAAUGCACUGCAUAGACUGCCUCCUGCAUUGUGCACUCCUGCCUAAUUUCAAUAUUCUUAUGUGUAACCUGAUUGCAUAUGGGAAUUUAUUGUCACAUUGCAUUAGAUAUGUAAUGUUUUACAUUUCCAAUAUUGUUGAAAUAAUUGUAAUAUUAAUUGUCCAAUAUUUCAUUUUCACAAAUAUCAAUUCCAUGUUUGUAUACUUUUUCUCUUAAUCACCAGCUACUAUUUAUUUCUUCAUUUGUAAUGGUUGCUCUUUUUAGUGCCAUUUACAUUUCAACUUGUCCCUCCUUACAACCCAUAGCACUUACAAAUGUUACAUUUUACAUAAUUAGUUCUCUGAAGCUUGCUUUGGAAACUACAGUGGACUAAGCUAUGGUGAGUAUAUAAUGUACUAUAGAAUGGAUUGAAUAUGUUCACUGCUGAUCUCUAGUAGCAGUCCGAUGUUAAGGCCACUUCAUAGGUCACAGUCACAGCUGUUUACCCCAUACAGUAGGGCCAAUUAUGAUCCUGAUGUAGAUUUGUAAUAUCACAGAUCUCAUUGAAUUGAAAUGAUUUGACUCCGGUGCCCAUUCCCUGGCAGAAGAAUACAGUCUAAUAGGAAUGAG